AUGGAAGCCAUAAAGGUGAGAUCAGACAUGAAUUUGAUACCAGAGAUGAAUGGUGGAAUGGUAGCUGCAAACGGAGAGAGAAGGAAAGCUAUCAAGCGUCCGGACCACAUCAAACCACUUCCAAAUAAAGAAGAAGAAGUGCAGGACAGUGAGGCAAUGGUUGGAGAGACACAGAAGAGCCAGAAUGUCUGGAAGCCAAAUGUCUUUUACUCCCAAGGCAUGGAAAUGUUCUGUUUUGCCGGGCGGGAGAUCAACAUCCGAGAAUCACUUGACUCCUUUGGUGCCCUCAUCUGGCCUGGGGCUGUGGCUCUCUGUCAGUAUCUGGAAAACAAUCAAGAGCGGUUUGAUCUGAGGGACAAGGCAGUGCUGGAGCUUGGAGCAGGCACUGGUUUGGUGUCAAUCGUGGCUAGUUUACUAGGAGCCUGGGUAACAGCCACUGAUCUGCCCAACAUUCUACACAACCUGACCUUCAACCUUCACCGAAAUACACGUGGCCGCUGCAGGUACACCCCCCAGGUGGCCGAGCUGACCUGGGGACUGGAGCUUGAAGAGAACUUCCCUCGUUCGAUCUAUCACUAUGACUACGUGCUGUGUGCUGAUGUUGUGUAUCACCACAGCUGCCUGAACGAGCUUCUACUCACCAUGCGGUAUUUCUGCAGACCUGGGACCACUCUGCUCUGGGCCAACAAGGUGCGUUUCCCAACAGAUCUGCAGUUCACUGAGAACUUCCAGAAUGCCUUCUCCACCACACUGCUGGCUGAGAUCCCACAAGAAGAUGUGAAGAUCUACCAGGCCACCGUACUGGCACCAAAGUCACCAAAGCCAUAA